AGGUGAAAGGAAAUAGGUUAUGUUGUUUUUUAAUUGUUAAAAGGGCGAAGUGGUGAUUGGGUGAAUAGUUAGGAUUGUUGGGGGACGUGGUAAAUAAAAAAUAAAAUGACGAUUGUGGAGUAUUUCCAAACACUUUCCGACAAUCCGUAUUUUGGUGCGGGGUUUGGAUUGGCUGGGCUGGGGAUUGGAGCUGCUAUGCUCCGAAAGAGUAGCCAAUUUGCAAUGGUUUUGUUUAGGCGUCACUACAUGAUAACCCUGGAGGUACCUUGUCGAGACAAGAGUUAUCAAUGGCUGCUCCAGUGGAUCACCCACAAGGGAGCCAAGAAGACCCAGCACCUGUCCGUGGAGACUAGCUUCGAAUUAAAAGACACUGGAAGUGUCAAGACGAAGUACGAGUUCAUCCCGAGUAUUGGAACUCACUUCUUCAGAUAUAAAGGCAACUGGAUAAGGGUUGAGAGGACUCGAGAACAGCAGACACUUGACCUGCACAUGGGGAUUCCCUGGGAGACAGUUGUGCUGACUGCUCUUGGGAGUAACAGAGAUCUUUACUUCGACAUCCUCGAGGAAGCUAGACAAAUGGCCCUGAAGGAACACGAAGGGAAGACGAUAAUGUAUACAGCGAUGGGAAGUGAGUGGAGGCAAUUUGGUCACCCCAGGAAGAAGAGGCCAAUCGAUUCAGUGGUUCUGGAUCAAGGAAUUGCUGAGAGACUGGUGAAGGACUGCAGGGAGUUUAUAGAAAAUCCUGGAUGGUACAGUGAUCGAGGAAUUCCCUACAGACGAGGUUACCUACUCCACGGCCCCCCAGGUUGUGGGAAAUCCUCGUUCAUCACAGCCCUAGCUGCUGAACUUGAGCGAGGAAUUUGCGUCCUAAAUCUGUCAGAGAGAGGACUGACUGAUGAUCGACUGAACCAUCUCCUGGCAGUGGCUCCCCAGCAGACCAUCAUCCUGCUCGAGGAUGUUGAUGCUGCCUUCAGUAGUCGGACAGAAACCAAAGAGAUGAAAGCUGCAUUCGAUGGGCUCAACAGAGUCACAUUCAGUGGACUAUUGAAUUGUCUCGAUGGAGUGGCAUCCACUGAGGCCCGAAUUCUAUUCAUGACGACAAACUACCUGGAGAGAUUAGACCCAGCCUUGGUCAGACCAGGAAGAGUCGACGUUAAGGAGUACAUUGGGUGGUGCAGUGCCAGCCAACUCGAGCAGAUGUUCCUCAGGUUCUACAGAGGACCUGAGGGGACAAAUGCCCAAGCUCUAGCCAAACAAUUCGCGGAGAGUGUGAUGAGCUUCAAGAAGAACGUUAGUCCAGCUCAGAUACAGGGCUUCUUCAUGUUCCACAAAAAUUCUCCUGAUGAAGUUCUCAAUAAUGUCGCACAAAUCUGGGAGCUCACUUGA